AUGAAGGGUGAACUUCCUUCCCCGCUGCUGAAAGUGGAUCCGUUGUCCUUGAAGGUGAAGGAAGGUGACCCUGUGGUCUUCCUCUGCUCAGUGAAAAGAGGCAACGCAGAGAAGAUCUUCCAUUUCUACAAGGAUGGAAUGGAGAUCACCCCCAGGGAAGAAGGUCUUCUGGAACCCUCCAUUCUUUGGUGGGUGAACCUGGGAGCAGGUUCACAGACAGAUUCAUCUCGAUCAGCCCCCAGGCUGUCCUCGUCUCUUCCAUACAGCUUUAUUAUUAAAGGAGAAGAGAUUCCUUUGAAUUGCUCCCUCUCUGAGGGAGUCACGUCACGAAGUCCUGAGGGAUCCCAUAAGUUCUUAUUCAACUGUACAGAUCAAUCCGGCAAUUUAGUUGAUUUUCAACAUAUCCCUAACAAUACCAUCAGUGUCAGGACUGAAAAUCUGAACUCUGACCAAAUAAAGAUUAUAUGUAAUUGCAAGAUCAGGCAAUCAGCUGGGGGAUGGUCGUCUUCUCCUAAAAGUAAUCAGUUGGUCUUCUCAGUUGUUGGUGAACUUCCUUCUCCGCUGCUGAAGGUGGAACCGUUGUCCCAGAAGGUGAAGAAAGGUGACCCUUUGGUCUUCCUCUGCUCAGUGGAAGGAGGCAACGCAGAGAAGAUCUUCUAUUUCUACAAGGAUGGGAUGGAGAUCAACCCCAGGGAAGAAGGUCUUCUGGAACACUCCAGUGAACCCACAGAUCGUGUUCAAAGGGCCUCUUUGAGGAUCCUACAUGCGUCCAUCAAUCACAGAGGGGAAUUUACUUGCCGUUAUGAAGAAAGGAGAAGCAACCGAUGGCUCAUGUCUUCUUGGAGCCAGGGUUUAAACAUCACAGGCCUCUGAGGUCACCUACAGCUGCCUCCGGGACUCCUUCGCUCCGUCUCCUCCUGGACUAACAAGGAAGAACCGUCCUACACAACCGGAAGAAGAGGGGAUAUUGUAUAGUGACAUUGUGUUUCAACACAAAGGAAGGCAGAAAAAUCACCCCCUGAUUGCAGCAAAAUGUGUUUUUGUUGGUCAAGUCUCUUAAAUCCUGGGUGGUAUAAACAGAGGCAUAGAAUCAAGAUCACGAGAAGUCCUAUUACCUCUUUGUAAAGCCCUAGUAAGACCACACGUAGAAUACUGC